AUGUCAACAAGCCGCCGGCACGUUCGCCGUUCGUGCGUCCCGCAGCCGCCACCCCGCGACUCCUUCUCCUCAUAUGUAUCUCCCCCACCUUGCCGAGUAGUCAACCAACCUACCCCCGCCCACCGUCGCCCCCCCGCGCCGGCGAGACGUACAGAUAUGGAGCUCCGCCUCCGCGCCUCGGCGUCCCCAGCCUCCGCCUCUCCGCGCGGCACGGUGGUCUCCCCCUGCCCCAGGCCGUAUCCGCGCCUACCCUCGCGCCCCAUUCAGAAGCGAUUGGCCGGCAGCGCCGUCCCCAGACGAGGCCCUGCGGCCCGGAGGCGCCCGUGUUCCACCCUCAUGACGGCAUCAUACAACACAGGAACUCCGGACCUAGUCGACUUCGACUGGGAGACUCUUGGAUUUCAACUGGUCCCGACGGACUUUAUGUAUAUAAUGAAAUGUUCGUCAGAUGGGGUGUUCACCAAGGGUGAAUUGGUUCCAUAUGGGCCAAUCGAGCUGAACCCCGCUGCUGCAGUGUUAAAUUAUGGCCAGGGAUUGCUCGAAGGUCUUAGAGCACACAGAAAGGAGGAUGGUUCAGUAAUUGUUUUUCGCCCCGAGGAAAACGCAUUGCGGAUGAGGAUAGGUGCAGAUCGGUUAUGCAUGCCUGCGCCAAGCGUUGAGCAGUUCCUAUCAGGUGUCAAGCAAACUAUAUUGGCAAACAAGCGUUGGGUACCCCCCACUGGCAAAGGUUCGUUGUAUAUAAGACCGCUGCUGAUUGGAAGUGGAGCCAUGCUAGGUGUAGCACCUGCCCCGGAGUAUACAUUUGUCGUGUAUGUUUGCCCAGUUGGUCACUAUUUCAAGGAUGGCCUGUCUCCAAUUAGCUUAUUGACUGAGGAAGAAUAUCACCGUGCUGCACCUGGUGGAACUGGUGAUAUCAAGACAAUUGGAAAUUAUGCUUCGGUUGUUAGUGCUCAGAGAAGGGCCAAGGAGAAAGGUCAUUCUGAUGUUCUUUACUUGGAUCCCGUGCAUAAAAAGUUUGUGGAGGAAGUUUCUUCCUGUAAUAUAUUCAUGGUGAAGGAUAAUGUUAUUUCUACUCCACUAUUAACGGGAACAAUUCUUCCUGGGAUCACAAGAAGAAGUAUAAUCGAAAUUGCCCGAAAUCUUGGAAUUCAGGUCGAAGAGCGCCUUAUUGCGAUAGAUGAGUUGCUUGACGCUGAUGAAGUCUUCUGUACAGGGACUGCCGUUGUACUAUCACCUGUCGGUUGCAUAGUAUACCAUGGAAGAAGAGUGGAGUAUGGGAACGGCAAGGUCGGAGCUGUCUCCCAGCAACUGUAUUCGGCACUUACAGCCAUCCAGAAAGGCCUCGCAGAGGACAGUAUGGGAUGGAGUGUGCAAUUGAAUUAAAAUUAACAUCUAAACUGAAGCGGCAAAUUUAUCAUCUACAUAUGGUAUUAACGAAUUCCUCAUUUUGUUGGCCGGAACAUAGUUUAAGUCGCCGUUUUUUCUUGGCCGGAAUCUGCACCAUGUACGUAUAAUAGAACAACAAUUUGCUGUGCAGAAAGCACCAAGCUGGGUCCAAAUAAAGUUCUUCUCAUUUCGUUUACCAGUUGGACUGACUACAAUAUCACUGUGCAUAAGUGUGCCUUGCUUGCAUGUCUUGCAUCCUAUGACUCUGACAUAUACUUGUUGCACCAACUGGGUUCA